GCUACGAUCGGUCGGCCGUGCGUGAGGCUUGUGAUGCGUAAUUUUUCGGCGGAAAAAUGGAAUUUGAAAAAGGUGUCACUCUGAGAGGCGUGCCGUACAUCAUUAUAGACAGUUUUAAAUACCGGAAACAACGAGUUAUGGCCGACAAGACUGUUUCGUGGAGGUGUGUUUUCAAACAGUGCGGCGCCACAGUUCGAAGCGAUGCGGCAGGAACUGAAUUGUUAACCUCAGUGUGUUCAGUUGUUCACCGUGAUCACGUUCAAAUGGAUGUAAAACCAACAGAACAUCACCAUCGCACUAAGAGUGCGUCUAAGAGAAAAGCUUUGGAAGAUAUCACACUGCAGCCUGAAAAAAUCUUAAGGAGGGAGCUGCACUAUGAAAGAAAUGCCCAGGAAAUGGUUGACGACAGUGACAUACAAUAUGAGAUGGAAAAAAGGCUGUCUACAACGCCUAACCCCACCUGGAGGCUUCGAAGCAAUGGCCACACAAAAAUCACCAUCGAGUCGCCAAACCGGACGCCACAUAAAAUCCAAUUAACUCCUCCACAGCCUCUGGCUUCCCUUCAAAGCUCUCCUGCCGAGAGCAGAACCAGAAGAAGGUACAGACCAAAUUAUCAGACCUCAACCGUUCCGAAUUCUGAAAAUACACUCUGCCUUCACAAACCAAAGCAAAUAAAACAAACUGCCAAGCAAGAUGUAAAAAGUGUCUCUGAUAGCCCCUGCAGAACGACUCAGGUGAAAUUGACAGAGUACUUCCCUGUCAGACGCAGUGUGCGCAAGACCAAACGUGAGGUCCUCGAAGAAAAACAGAAGUCUAUUGAAACAGCUGUUAGGAAUAAUGUUCAAGAUGGUCUGGAUGUUGAAGUUUUUGAGAAUAAAGGACGAGGAGUCGUAACAACAAGGAAAUUUAGUCGAGGAGAAUUUGUCGUUGAAUAUGCUGGAGAACUUAUCUCACACGAUGAGGCAAGAAGGCGAGAGCAAUUUUAUGCGCAAGAUGAAAACACCGGGUCAUACAUGUAUUAUUUUGUUCACUCCAACAAGCAUUAUUGUAUCGAUGCAACUGAAGAGACAGACCGCUUGGGUCGGCUUAUCAACCACUCUCGAAAUGGCAACCUCUAUCCAAAAAUCAUUCUGAUUGACAAGCAGCCACGGCUAGUCCUCCUAGCUAACCAAGACAUCGCAGCAGGAGAAGAAGUCACUUAUGACUACGGUGACAGGAGCAAAGAGUCCAUAAAAAAUCACCCUUGGCUACUCUUUUAACUCGAGGUAACGACUAAAAUCUCCUCCAAAGUUUACUCCAUCAAUUUUGAUCACUCAGCUGUAAACAUAUUUGACUGAUAAUUUAUAACCGAAGAAUGGCCCUGAGUCAAUCCAGAGUAUCCUUCUAUGCCUUAUCUUCCAUAUUGUUGUUUUGUUUAUAAUUUCUUUUUGUGUUCAUUGCAACUAGCUGUAGGCGCAUCAUUUUUAGAUUAUUUAAUUUAUCAGAAUUUCCUACUGAUUUAUUUAUUUUCGACUUUCGCAUCCUAGACGUAUAACUGUUAUGUAGCUUAAACUUUCGAUUGCUUAACUGUCAAUCAUUUAAUUUUAAUGAGUUUUCUGGAGUAAAGUUGACUUUUCUCUUUUUCUUCUUUCUUUGUAAUCAUAACCAGCUCACACGGCUGUACAUUAUGAAAUAUUCACAGCAACUCGAUUGACACUGCCGAAGCAUCAGCUGACUCAAAGUUGUAAAAUGUGUGGAGCUUGAUUUUAAGACUCGGUAAAACCUGAUUAUCUUGAAGUUCUGUUAGAGAUUAUUUGCCACCAGUGUCAUUUUACUGACACUGUACAGUACCAUGUUUCUGAAAAUUCUACCCGUCAAAUACCAUACUUCUCAUGAAGUUCUACUUUGAUUUUAACUUUUAGUAAACAUUUUUAAUGCUUAUUUCUGGCAGCUUUUUUUUAUUAUUAUUAUUUCAGAAUUAUUUUAUUAAAUUUCAUUACUAAUUUGAUUUACAAUAAAUUUUCGGCAGCUGUCCAAAAAAUCUAAAUGAAUCCAAAACUGAGAAGACGUCCUCUCUGGGAUGUUGAAACAAAUAACUACAAAGUUGAAACAGUCCCAAUAGAAUAUUUUCUGUGACGCCCUGGAAACACGGUCAGGGAAAUUGCUAAAAUCUCUUUGUGAUAAUUUUUUUUUUCUUGCGGUGUGUCAGUCUAGCCUAUCUUCUCUUCUCUUCUCUUUAAAACUCUCCUAGUUCAGAUUCAGAACUCAUAUAUUUUACGCCUGUUUCUAUUCUAAUGUUUUUAGUUACUCUUUCCACUCCUAAGGCGCCUUACACGGAAAUAUGAAAUCUUGCCUCUGUCAAGAUCGCUUUUAAAAUACAGAACCUUGUCGAAAAGGAUUUUACACAUAAAAAUAUGUCUUACCUGCAUGUAGAUUGUUAGGAAUAGAUUAAAAGUCUAACUUUAUGGAAACUUGUAAACUUUAAUACUUAAAAACAAACAGAGGUGUCCACAGAUCUCAAUAUCAGAAAAAUAGAGCGCAUUAGUUCUCAAUUAUAGGGUACAUAUCUUGGAUUACAGUUGAAAAAUCAUACAGAAGCCUGUAUUUUAACUGUUAGCUUAAAUGUUGAGACUUUGAGAGAAGUUUUAUUUUUUUAUCUUUUAAAAGUUUGCUCACCGAAAAGAGAAAUACCUACAUGAAAUAAAAUUUUGUAGCUCCAUUCAGAGAACUCAUGGUUCAGACUCGGAUCUCUUGGAACACAUCUCAUAAAAGAGAAUGAAAAACUAAUUUCUGUCAUGAAAAUUGAAAAAUGUUGUAAAAUUUGGAAAUUUCCAUGGUUUUUCCCAAUGUAACUUUUAAGAUCUGUAUGGUUGCAAAGUUUUAUGCUACUAACAACUUUCCUCAGCAAGAAAUCUCUUU